UGUGGUCUUGUUGACGCCAGUCCGCAGUCUGAGCUAAACGCAGGCUCUAGCGGACUGCAAGGUUGGAGAUUUGGUGGACCAGCACAAUGAGAGCUCAGGGGGGACUCAUCUUACUCCUGCUUCUUCUGGCUGUCUUCUGUUCCACAGGUGUUAGCCUCAAAUGCUACAACUGUUUAGACCCGGUGAUUUCUCCAUGCAAAAUAAACAGCACUUGCUCUCCUAACCUGGAUUCCUGUCUUAUCACUGUAUCCGGAAAGCUAGUGUAUCAACAGUGUUGGAGAUCCACGGAUUGUGAUGCCAAGUUCAUUAUGAGUAGAUUAGAACUGACAAACAUAAAAUACAGAUGCUGCCAGGUGGACUUGUGUAACUAUAAGCUCGAAGAAGGAUCAAAGCCAAACAAUGAAGCAACCUCCUUACUGGAGAAGAUGGCCUUGCUGGGGACCUCGGUUCUGGUGGCCAUUUCGAAGCUUUGUUUCUAAGUCAUCUCUAAGCUCCUGAUGCCUCCUUCUUUUAUCUUUUUUUUUUUUUCUGCUGCAGCAGCACUCUAAAGCCAUUGUUAGUUUCCAGAUGUAUUUGUUUAGGAAACAAUAAAGUUAACUUGAACAUCUUGGAUAAGAAGGAGGAGUGUAAGUGGCAUGGAAGAGCACCACGCACACAGGGGAGGGCACUUGCAGUUACAGAGUGAAGUACAAGGAUAGAACACCAAUAGGUUAUAUAAUCUUCCUUUGCCGCUUGGGAGGACUGGCUUUCAGUUUCAGCUUAAGUGUGUUUCAGCAACCCUCAGGGAUAUCUCUCUGGUUCCUGGAAUGUAGCUAAAGAGUGAGAUCAGACAGUACCUUUUGGAGUGAGUGAGCCAGGAGGAUUCUCUUCACCACUCUGACGCACUCAAAAUGCUUUCAUAAUCUUUACAGGUCCUGAGCUGGUGUGGGAAUGUUCCAGAUGUGAGCUCUCAGUCAGGGUCAGUGAUUGUUCGUUUGCUUAAAAACAAACAACAGUGCUGGCCAUGAAGCCCAGCUCACUGAACAUAUAGGCAGGUGUUUUACCCAUAAGCCACAGCCCCAGCUCAAGCAGUGAAUGGAACAGCUGUGGUUUUAGCUAGAAAAUGUAGGGAAAUGAAACACAAGCUCUGACCCAGAUGUGAUGAGGCUUGCUUAGUAUGCUUAGUAUCUCAGUACGUGGGAGGCAGAGGCAGGAGGAUGGCUGGAAGUUGAAGGCCAGCCUGACCUACGUAGUGGUUUCCAGGCCACCUAAAACUAUUUAGUAAGAGCUUGCCUCAAAUUAAAAAAAAAAAAAAAAAAAAAAAAAAA